AUGUCUGAACAUAGCUCGCAACAAGCUUCAACUGAUAAGCCCAACCAUAAGCCAGUUGGAUUUGUUAGAUCCCAUGGUAGCCAUAAGACGGGGCACACCAUAAUCGUCAGGAAUAAAGAUGGGAGUAUCAGAGGCUUGAGACGUAGUAGAAAUGGAACCAGUUCUGGGAUGGGGACAGGUCCAUCUACGAAGAGUCCAGGCUCCUAUUCGAGUUCAGGCGAGACAGGAAAAGAAGAAGAAGAAGUUGAUGUGGAAGAAGUGGGUUCUGAAAACUCAUCACCAGACCAUGAAGGUGAAGGCGAAGGUGAUACCCAGACUGAAGAAGAUAAAGUAAACACCGUUCAAUCGGUACGAUUUACUGAAGAUACUGAUUUUACCACUAAAAGCACAUAUACACGUAACAAGAAGGGAGGACGUAGGAGAGGGGGCUCGUCGAGGUCUAUGAAGACUUUGAAUUACCUCAGUGGGUAUUCGCGUAGAUAA